GGGAUAUGAGAGCAUCAUCACAGUCGACAGAAGCGACGGCGCUGACGGAAAGAGUGAGACUCAGUGUGAGUGCGCCCGCAAUGUGGCGUGUCGGCUCCUCGUCUCAGCUGGCCAUGGCAGAGACAUCACUCUCUCGUCCAACUGUUACAGGAGUGUCAGAGCGAAGGAUGAGAGGAUUGAGAGGAAGAAGGUGGUCUGUCUUCUGUUGCUUGCUCGCGAUUGUCCUACUGGUGAGCGAAAGGCGGUUCGGUCACGCUGAACCCGGCCGGCCUUGCGAGACGCAUGGAGAUUGUGACGCCCCUGAGGCCUGCUCUGACGGCACAUGCCAACCUCCAGCUCCAGCCCCGCCCAUGUGUGUUCAAGAUUGGGACUGCAGACAGAUGUUUGGAGGUACCUUGCACAAGUGCUGCGAUGGGAGAUGCGUGAAAACGAAAUGUUGUAAUCACAAGGACUGCAAAAGAGGUAGAGUCUGUUGCAAUGGGGCGUGCAUUAAGGGCAAGUGCUGCGUCGACGAGGAUUGCAACCGAAACAAAUGGUGGCGUGUUUGCAGAAGGAGGCGGUGCGUUCGGUGACGGGAGUUUGGAGGUACCGGGCACAGGUGCUGCUAUAGGUUAUGCAAGAGGGCGGGGUGUUGCAACCACAGAGACUGCAGAAAAGGUGCAGUCUGUUGCAAUGGGGCGUGCGUUACGGGGAAGUGCUGCGUCAACGCGGAUUGCAAGCGAAACAAAGCGAGCCGUGUUUGCAGAAACAGGCAGUGCGUUCAGUGGUGAGGCAUGAAAGACAGGAUGAGUUGCAAGUAUAGCCCCUACCGGUGCGAUAGCCCCUAGUCCCUUGCACAGGUGCUCGCUCAGAGUCUCUCUCUCUCGCACGUGCGCGCGCCAUCAAUCAAUCCCUCUUUUUUUCUUUUUUUUCACGUUUUUCUUUUCUCGGGACGAGCUGAAUGAUGAGGACGAGGCGAGCACGACGAGGAACAGAGGCGGGAUGAUCAUGAGCGUAAUUACAACGUGCUGAUGGGUUGAUACAUGAUACACACACACACACACACACACACACACACACACACACACAUCGAGUGUGUGUGUGUGUGUGUGUGUGUGUGUGUGUGUGUGAGAGAGAGAGAGAGAGAGAGAGAGAGAGAGAGAGAGAGAGAGAGAGAGAGCCGUGCGCCAUCAUGCUGCGGCCAUGGUUGUGAGCUCGAAGUCCUUGGCGCCUCCUUUACAUCGCAGAUAACUUCAUCGACGAUUCGUUAAGGCAGGCAAGCAAAACAGAAAAGGUAAGUGUAUAAACAGUUCGAUCAGUGUCAUCGGAUGCCCCGUCUCGCCACGCGCAAAUAAACAUAUCUACAUACU